AUGAAGUUCUCAAUUACGGCCCUCAUGGGCUUCCAGUUGGCCCAACAAGCCAUCGCCUUCGCACCGAACACUCCACUUGCCAAGCAAUUCGUCCAAGGCCCAACUAGUAGCAGCCGAGCCAUGGCUGUUGAUAUGCCACCAGCUUCAGACGUCCCAGUGAUUGAAAAGAGCACCUAUGGACCCACAGGCGUGCGGUAUUCCGACUUUCUGAAGUUGGUGGACGGUGACAAGAUUGAAAAGGUCACUUUCAGUUCCGAUGGAUCCGAACUCUUGGGUGUCGAUGUCGACGGGACUCGCAUCAAGAUUGAGGCUCUUCCCAACGAUCCUGAACUAUUGACUCAACUCACAUCACAUAAGGUCGACGUCACCGUGCUCCCACAACAAGAAUCCGGUGGGCUUGGAGACCUUGCGCAAAGUCUCAUUUUCCCAGCCGCUCUCUUUGCUGGUCUCUUCUUCUUGAGCCGCAAUGCUGGCGGUGCCGGUGGCAUGGGCGGAGGCAUGGGUGGACCUGGAAAUCCAAUGGGCUUUGGAAAGUCCAAGGCGGAAAUCCAAAUGGUUCCCGACACUGGUGUGACUUUUGAUGAAGUUGCCGGCUGUGACGGUGCCAAGUUGGAGCUCGCUGAGGUUGUUGACUUCUUGAAGCAACCCGAAGCUUACACCAAGAACGGAUGCAAAAUCCCUCGUGGUGUCAUUUUGGAUGGACCCCCAGGUACUGGUAAGACUCUUCUUGCCAAGGCCGUUGCUGGAGAAGCUGGAGUUCCUUUCAUCUCCAUCUCUGGUUCCGAAUUUGUUGAGAUGUUCGUUGGAGUUGGUGCUUCCCGUGUCCGUGACAUCUUUGGCCAAGCCAAGAAGAACGCCCCAUGCAUCAUCUUUAUUGAUGAGAUUGAUGCCGUCGGUCGUCAACGUGGUGCCGGAUAUGCCGGAGGUAACGACGAGCGCGAACAAACUGUCAACCAAAUUUUGGUAGAGAUGGAUGGUUUCGAUGGAAACCCAGGAGUCAUCACCAUUGCCGCCACAAAUCGUGUCGACAUUUUGGAUAGUGCCCUCUUGCGUCCAGGACGUUUCGAUCGUAAGGUCACUGUUGACCUUCCUGACUUUAAGGGUCGCGAACGCAUCUUAAGUGUCCACGCUCGUGGAAAGCCUUUGGAACCCGAUGUCGAUCUAGAAGCCAUUUCUCGUCGUACUCCUGGUUUCUCUGGUGCCCAGCUCGAGAACUUGAUGAACGAGGCUGCCAUCUCCGCUGCCCGUAAGGCCAAGACUACCAUUGGAUGGGAAGAAAUUGAUGGUGCCGUUGACAGAAUCAUGGUUGGUUUGGAAAAGAAGGGAGGAAACCAAGUUGCCAAGCAAAAGGAAUUGGUUGCCUAUCACGAAGCUGGGCACGCCAUCGUCGGAGCGCUUGUCCCUGAUUACGAUCAAGUUCAAAAGAUUUCCAUCAUCCCCCGAUCCAACGGUGCCGGAGGUUUGACCUUCUUCGCCCCACAAGAAUCUCGUCUUGAGUCUGGAAUGUACAGCAAGCAGUACUUGGAAUCUCAAUUGGCUGUUGCACUUGGAGGACGACUUGCCGAAGAGAUCAUCUACGGAGAAGACAUGGUCACCACUGGUGCAUCCAAUGAUAUCCAACAAGUUGCAAACAUCGCCAAGCGCAUGGUUAAGGAAUGGGGAAUGAGUGACAAAAUUGGACGUGUUGCUUUGAGCGAACCAUCUGGAGGAGGUCCUUUCAUGGGAAUGAACAUGUUGCGCCGUCAAACCAUGUGGGGAAACAAGAUCUUGGGAACUGUGGAAGAAGAAGUUGAGCGUUUGGUCAACAACAGUUACCUCAUUGCCAAGGAAAUCUUGAUCAGCAACAAGGACUUGCUUGAACACCUGACUCAAACCUUGAUUGAGCAAGAAGUCGUCUCCGCUGAAGAAUUCCAAAUGAUGCUUGUCGAAUUCAAGUCAAAGACUGUUGAUUACGCAAUCAUUGGAAACGAGAGAAACCGUGAACAGCUCCCCUUCCAAGGACUUCCAGCCUCGGUUUAA